AUGGGAGCGACUUGUGAAGGGAUAGCAUUCAUGAUGAGACAUUCAUCUACGAAGGAGAUGUUUGCCCGUGAUAUAUUGUUCGGCAUCCAAAGUAUCCACAAGCUCCUCGUUAGUAUUCUGAAGUUAUUGGACAGAGGGAAUCCUGCAAGGUUUGACCAUAUCUCAGCAACGGAUAAAAUUAGUGUUACGACUACCUCUGAAGCUGUGCUUUCUCAAGAUUUUGAAGAUUUUGGUGGAUUGGACGGGUUUAUAUUUACGUUGUUCAAUGACUUGCAUAAUAUUUGUCAUAUUUAUCGAUCUCAUACGCCCCCUAGUGAUCAUUACCUGGGUCAUCUUGAGAAGCUGACCAGAGCGCUUUUCCGGCAUCCAGUCCUGCAUAGAUUUGCUAUUGUUCCUUUUGCAGCUCUCAAGAUGAACUGGAAACUUCGAAUUGAAAUACGGGAAAACGCGGUCCAUGUUCCACUUGUCAACAUUCAUCUAUUGUGCAAUUUGAAUAUUCUAAAUGAUUUUGUGUGGCGAGUGAACUGGUAG